AAAAUGACUAGUGCAGUACCUUUUUUAAAGAAGGGACAUGGUAGUUCUCAGUCAUCACUUGGAGGGGCCACUGCAUCCUCACCGGGAAACUCCCCACAUACCAUCAAUGCAUUCCAGCCAAACAGCCGUAAAACUGUGGAGGACAUCUUAGACUGCCUGAAGGAUCUGAAGUCCGACUUUGAAGCCAAUAGUCAGCCAAUUACAGAUGACAACCAGACGCUACAUCGGUUUUGUGCUAAACUGGAAUACCUUCUACAGGCCAAUAUGAAAGAUAAGCUGACUCUGCUGGGGAGAAAGAAAGACUAUUGGGAUUAUUUCUGUGACAGUAUUGGUUCUACAAAGGGGGUCAACGAUGGAAUCAAGUAUGUCAAGACUAUCGGAGAUUACAAAACAUCAAUUGGUAAGGGUCGAGCCCUCCUGAGGUUUUGUCUCAUGCACAGUAGAAUGGCAGACAGUAUACAACAGUGUACAAUGAACGGCAAAGUAACAAGUGACUGGUUCUAUCCCAAAUCUGUGUGGUUACAACAUGAUGAACGUAACAAGAUUAUAAGUGCACUUUAUGACCUUAAUGAUAUUCAGUUUGACCUUGCUGCUAGAGGUUAUGACCUUGACAAUGCCUGGCCUUCUUUUGCAAGGAAGAAUAUCAGUGGGGUCAACAACUGGAAUCUGACUAGUAGAACAUCCAGCAUGUCCAGUCUCCUCAGUAUACCUGGGCAGGACAUGAACUCGUCCAGGCAUGUUCUGUCAUCUACACCCAAUGAUUCUGACCUUGAUCACUUGACCUCUGACAGCAUGCAUGCUGAUCUGAUGGACAAAAUGGAGGCUUUGGAACAACAGAAAGCAAGUUUCCAGCAGUCUGUGAUCACCUCUCAGGGUGAGCUUGGUAUGUUGCAAGACCAGUACAAACGUCUGAAGGAUGACCAUGAGACUCUGACCACUGACCACAAGAACAUACAAUAUAGGUUUGAUCGACUGAGUCUGGAGUCUGAGACGCAUCAGAAUGAAUGGAAGAUGAAGGAGGACAUGUAUCAGAAACAGCUCGACAGUGCAAGACAGGAAACAGAGACUCUCAGGUCAAAGGUCAACAGUAUGGAGGGGAAAGUUCAACAACUUGAUACGUCCAGGAAGGAUUCUGAUGAUUCUAACAUGGCCAAGAUUGCCGAACUAGAACAGAUGAAAAUGGAUCUUACGUUGGAGGUUCGUACUUUAAGCCAAGAUUUUGAAAACAAGAAAAAGGUUGAGGAAAAACAUUUGGAUAUCAUUAAAGAAAUGGAAUCAAAGCUACAAGAUGCAGAAUUAAAGACAAACAAACUUUUAGAUGAAUUGAAAUCAGUUGUGAAAAAUAAAAAUGAGGCAGCCUCUUCAAAAAUGGAUUCUGUCAGUCAACUUCAAAAUUCCUUAGUCAGUUUAAAAGAAGCUGAGGCAGAAAAUCUAAAAUUGAGAGGAGAAAUUCUUGACCUUACAAAUCAGUGUAGUCAAAGAGAUCAGGAUAUAGUUGCAUUGGAAAGUAAAAUGGUUGAUUUGAACAGUCAUCGCGAAAGUGAACAUCACUCUGCCGAACAAAAAAUAGAGAAACUGCAGCAAAAACUUGAAAUAGAAACUUCUAGAGCAGUGCAAGAACUGAAGAAUUUGCAAGAUUUGAAUUCAGCAAUAGAAAUGGAAAAAUCUGAAACAGUUACAAAGCUGAAAAGUGAAAAUAAAAUGCUGAGUUUGGAAAAUGACACAAGUAAAACUGAAAUGGAGAAAGUCAGAGCGCUUGCUAGCGAUCUUGAAUCAAAACUAUCCAAAUCAGAGGAAAGUAGAAAUUUUGAAAGUGUAAGAUUACAAGAAAGUUUAAAACAUUUAACUGCUGAAAAUUCCAGACUGCAGACAGAUGUAGAUAGUGUAAAUAAACAAUUAGCUGAGAGAGAGAGUGUUACGUUGGAACAGACUCAUAAGUUAGAGGAAUCUCAACGAAUAUUAUGUGAGGAAAAAGUUCGUUGUGAAAGCCUUCAUGCACAAAUAAAAAGUCUUCAAGGUGAUAUCAAGGACAAAGAAACGGAAAUUCGAAAUCUGAUUGAACAGCAAUCUUUAGAAAAGGGAUCUGUUACUGAGGUAAAGACUGUCCUACAGGAGAAGAUGGCUGCUAACAGAGAGCUCGAAUCUCAAGGGAGACAGUGUGUACAGUCCUUACAAUGGCUACAAGGCUGCAUAAACACAGGAACAUUCAAUCAGAAUCCUACCAAGCUGGAUGAUGUGGAAUUUUCCAAUGUGUUUAGUGGGCUUGUAGAAAAAAUGGUUGAAAAGGAAGAACAAAUGAAGUGUGUGGUGGCUGAGAAAAAGUCUCUUACGGAUCAGUGCAAUUCUUUUACUGUUGAGAACACGAAACAAGGGACACAACUCAAGGAGAGAAAGAAAGAUAUGGAAAGACUGAAUAAAUCUUUGUCAAAUUUACAAGAAAGAGAAAAACUUCUUCUAAAACAAAAUUCAGAAAUAACUGAAAAUGUUUGUAACCUAACUGAAGCAAAAGAUGAAUUAACUGAAUGUUUGAAAAAGAGAGAAACAAUUAUUUCUGAAAGUGAAUUGGAAGUGAAACACCUCCGAGCAGAAGUUGUUAAUCUAAGAAAAGAAUUGAAUGAAAAGUCAGCAACGUUGUGUGAACUACAAAAUUCUGUAUCAGUUUCUGAGGAAAAGUUGCGACAGAGUUCUGAGACGCAGAAACAAGCACAUCGGCAUCAGACUGAUUUAACUGAACAGAUUAGAUCUCUUAAGAGUCAGCUGGACAAACAAAUGGAAGAGAACAAAAAACAAGACAUUGACUUAACUAAAUCUAGAACAAAACUCUCAGAAACUGAAACAAACUUGAGUAACCUUGUUGAAGAAAAGUCCAAGUUAUGUAAAAAAUAUGAUGAUUUGUGUAAAAGUUUAAAUGAUCUGACAGCUGACAAUACUCAAUUAAAGAAGGAUGUUGCAAAUCUUAAUGAAGAAAAGAAACAGGUUGAACAGAAAUUAAAAGCUGUGAAGAAAAGUUUAUUUGACUCUGAGCAGAAAUUGUCUGAAGUAAGGCAGGAAAAGGAGGAGAGAGAAAAAGGGCAUCAGGAGGUUCUUGAGAGAUUACAGGGUGAGAGACAGGACCUGACAGAAAACCUAGAGGAGGCUAUGUCAGACCUGGGUAGCAUAAAACAUCAGUUAGAGCAGACAUCUCGUGAACUAGAGAACAUGUAUCACCUCAAGGAUCAACUGGAAGCAGAACGAAAUGAUGUUAUGUCAGACAAAAUUAAUAUGGAGGAAAAGAUAUUGCAGCUACAAACUCAGUGUCAAGGUCUUGAUGAGGAGGUCAAAGGACAAAACCUCAAGGUCAGUGAAAUGACCAGCAUAUUCAAUGGAUUGAAAGCAGAGAAAGCUGGCCUGAUGUCAGAAAAACAGGAAGUUGAGAUAGAAAUCAAAACACUUCAGAAUGAAUUAAAAAACAUCAAAUCAGAGAGAGAUGAAGCAAUGGCAAAAAUUAAUGAUUUGGAAGCAGAAGGGAAGGCAAGUUCAGAACGGUGGAAAGAAAGCGAAAAAGAUUUGGAGAACAAGCUGCAACAAACAGAGCAAGAAAUGAGGAGUUUAAGAGAUGAAAAGAGUGAGUUAGAUUCUACUCUAACAGAAUUACAAAAUAGACUCGAAGAUAAAAGCAGUCGUACUGAAGAACUAGAAAUAUGCUUGCAAAAAAGAUCAGUGUCUUUAGAAGAUCUGAAGAAAUCAGCAUCAGAAAAGGACCAUUGUAUCGCUCAACUUGAAGAAAACUUGAGAUCCAUGGAGGAAAGUUAUGAGCAAGAGAAAGACACUCUAAAGCAAGAGUUGACAGCAUUACAGUUCCAGCAUAGUGCUGAACAGAUUCAACAUGAACAGGCACUGAAGUCCUACAAUUCACAAGAGACAAACAUCAGCGAGCUGAAGGAAAAGCUGAUGGAGCAGGAGAGCCUGAUAGAACAGCUGGAACAGGAGAUGGUGGAGAUCAAGUCUGCCAGGGAACGAGAGAAGGACAGACAAGGUCAUGAGAUGGAUGAUUUACGAUCAAUGCUUCACUCUAGAGGGAAUGACAAGGAGGAACUCCAGGAAAAACUCAUGAUGAGCCAGCUGGAGGAUGCUGAGCGGCGACUGAAGGACACAGGAAUGGAGAGUCAGAGCGAGAUAUCGGAACUUAAAAAAGAUACUGAACAACUGAAGAAAAAACUCAUCACACUCAUACGAGAAAAGGAUUCACUCUGGCAAAAGUCCGACCAGCUAGCUUAUCAACAGAAAGAGAAAGUCAAGGAGAAAUGGAUGGAUGACAAAACAGUACUCAACUGUCUUGGCUGCAAAACUGAGUUCUCAUUCACAGUCAGAAAGCACCAUUGUCGUAUGUGUGGAAAGAUCUUUUGUUUCAACUGUAGUAACAACUGGAUCUUAACAGCUCAUAGCAGUAAAAAGUCUCGUGCCUGUAACCAGUGCUACCGAUGGUACAGUCAGAUGGAGUCUGGUCAAGCUGAAUCACCCGACACAGAAAAGAAUGAUUUCGAGGACACUGUAGAAUUGCCGCAUUGUAAGUUCCGCAGGAGUCGUGGCCAUUCACUGGAGCAAGGGACAGAUGGUCAAUUUGGUGACAAGGAGCCAAAUAUGAUGGUUGGCCAGAUGGAUGAAAGCACUUCCACAGUAGAGUCUUCAGAAGUGACCGAUCAGUCAUCCAUGGAAGGGUCCAGAACUGAUAAAGAUGAGGAAAUAACUUAUGCAGUCCCUGGUCAGGUUGCCACGGAUAUUUCUAUAGCAUUGGUUGGUGAAAAUGAGACAGAUGAAACCAAGGUGAAGAAAACAGCAACAGGGGAUGAAGAAGAUGGUGCUUCUGCACCUUCAAAAGACGAUGUCUUCCACAUGAUCAGUGACGAGGAAAUCACCAAAUCUCUAACGAUGAGCGAAGAAUCACAGUCUAUCAACGUGGAUCCAACACUCACGACCAGUCUAACGGUUUCCACAGAGGAAUUAGAGAAAGGUAUUAUCAACAGUACGAAUGAGGUCACCAUUAGGGCUGGACGUCGGUUUGCUGUUCCUGUCAUGGUGGACAAGGUUAACACUAUUCUGUGUUGGGAGUUCACCUCCCAGCCCAAGGACAUUGUGUUUAGUGUUACCUACCAGACUCGGAGUGAUCUCCCCCUGACAGCAUCCCAGACUUUGGUGCCACCGUGUAAAUGUGAUUCCCAUAAACAGGCAGUGAAAGGAGAGCUUACUGCUAAACAACUAGGGAUCUACACCCUUACCUUCGACAACUCCUACUCAAGAAUGACAUCAAAGAAAAUUUCUUAUUAUCUGUGGACACGUUAGCAUUGACAUUUACAAACAACAGAGGGUAUAUUGUACCUGUUAAUACUUAAGUGAAACAGAAUCUAUCAUGAUCUUUUAAAAAUGGCACUUUAUAAAUAUGAAAUAUUUUUUAUCAUAUUCUUUGUCAUCGUGAAUUUAUCGACACUUCUAUAAUUCUUAUUCUUAUAAUCACAUGAAACCUUUUUUACUACUACAUGUACAAAAUUUGAUGUAUUAAAUACACAUAAAUUGGACUCUCCAAUCCAUCUAUUUUCUCUUAAUAGAAUGAAUAAUUUUGUUUGAACAAUUACAAUGUAGACCCCUAUAUUGAGAAUUUUUUGAAAACAAAGUUAUUUGGUCCCAUGGACAAAGGCAUAGUUAAGACAGAUGAAGUGGUGGAAAAUAAUCUUUAUUCAGUAUGGUAUGUUAUCUGUGAUGAACUGGUAAUGUCAAAUGAUAUAUAACAUUUAUGUUUUGGUGCAGAAAAUUGUAUGAGACCAGUUUAAGGUAUCUAAGUUAUCUGUGUUGUGAUCUAUUUAUGUACAUAUAAAAGUCAGUGGUGGUUGACCAUGGAAUAUUUAUUCUAAAUAUUUUAUUUGUUUUUAUAAUUGUUGUUUUGUAUUAAGCUUUCUCUAUUAUAUGCUCAAAAAGUCGCUUUUUAAAAUUUUUUUAAAAAUUAUUGCAAGUUUUAUUUUACGCAAGAGAAUGGAAUUUUUGCCCGAUACUUUUGAUUGUCAAUGAUAAUAUUUGUGUAUUUGGUGAAAUAACAGUAAAAAAUUAAAAAAAACCCAAAAAAACCCAGCUCAUAUUGAUAUAGAAUGUGAAUCUUAUAGUGGUUGGAGGUUAUAGGUAUAGUAAAUAAUAAUUAUAGUAGUGAGUUUAAACGGACCCUUUAGAGUGGUAGUAGGCUGUAUAGUCUCACAGAGAAGUUUUACAAAACUCGCAGCAAUUGUUUACCAGUAAUUGAGAUUGUUACCAUGACAACAAUGUUUUUCAUUAUUUAAUUUUCCUCAAUAUUAUUGUCAUUAAUGUAACAGAUGUCAUUAUUUAUGUCAUUGAACCCUCCCGGAUUCGAACCCGUGACCUCUGGCUUACUAGUCUGAUGCUCAACCGAUGAAGCUACAGAGAGGUUCUCUCUAGCCAAGCGGUAUAUGGUGGCAAGUAUGUUACCAGGGUUACAUUGAUAUAACUAUAUCUAUCCAAUAAAAUGGAGCUGAAUUUUUACCUUAACAAUAUGUUAUUCUACAUGAAAGUACACAGUAUUAUGUGGUUAUUUUUUGGUCAGACGAUCAUGAAGAGUUACGCUUAGUGUGAGUGUUAUGUAAUGACCAUUUCUGAAAUCUAUGCAAAUAUUGAUUUGAUUCUAUCAAAUUAGCUUAAAAGAUAUUUUCUUUAACCCAGUAGGUAAUGACAAGGAAUGUAUUUUUAGAAUUUGUACAUCUAUUACCUAGAAUAACUUUGCUCCUAAACAAGACAUAUAUAUUUGACCUUUGUCGUGAUUCUCCUUAGAUAAAAAUCCACUCCGUACCCAUAUGUCCUCUCCAUAUCAAAAUACUGAAAUUCCUCUUUUGAAAAUUUGCCAGGUCCCUCCAAUGUAGAAAGCAUUUUAAGGUUUCAAACAAUAUUUUGAAAUUUACUGAAAAGAAACUUAAUUAAGAUAAAGCUGUGAAAAAUCUUCAUCAUAAAAGCAAGAAAAGUACUAGGAAAGUACGUAAAGCUGUUUUCUGGUUCUUGUAGUUCAAUAGUGUUUUGUGUGUUCAACCCAGAUGUUCUCUGUUCAUGUAAAUUUCAGUGUGUACCACUUAAUGUUUUAUAUAGUUAAUCACAUAAUCAGAAAGUUUUAAUAUGAUGCAUCAUAUCUUAUUUUAGUAUGUAUGGGCGAGUUAUGGCCCCUUUUUUUACUUAUAUAUUUACAUCAAUGAAUGCAUUUCCUCCCAACCUGUUAGGGAUGUUAUAAUGAAAUAUGUAUCAUUGUAAAUCACAUAAGACUGAGUUCCUUGUAAAUAUCUGAGGAGAGUCAAUCAUGAAUUCAAAUUACGUGUGAUUUGUUGUAGGAAAAUACAUUAACAACAUUAAGAUUGUGUCCAUGUUGAUCUCACAAUAGAUUCCAUAUAUAUUCACAAACCGAACAAAUAGAUACAUAUUACAUUACCAUUCAGAUAUUGUCAGGUGUAGUCUUUUGAAUUCACAAAAUCAUGUAUUAGCAAAUAUGUCUGAAGAGAUAAUAAUGUUCCUUUACAACAAAAUCAUCUGUUUACUUGAAUGUAAAUCCACAAUCUUCCUACUUUUAAGUCACACAACAACGAAAUUGUCAUCCCCCAGACAAAAAAUGAAGAUAUGAAAUAAAGAUUUUGCACCUUUAAUUGGUUAUCAUUACCUUUUCCUCAUUUAUGCCAAAUCAAACUCAUCAUGGUACAAAUCCUGUACUAUGUCUGACAUCCACUAGGAGCCUUUUAUAGUAUUACUCCCAGAGAGCAUAUUAUUUUAACUUUCUCUUUAUGUAGACAGUUUUUAUUAGUUAAAGCACUUGAUCACAAUGGUUGAGCAGUGGUAUCUGAGAGUCCUGUCAUAAGUUUAUCUCAUGUACUACACUGGAAGAUUUAGGUGUACUAGUCUAAUGGGAUUGAAUCUUUCCUCCAGAUUUUACAAGUCAAGUUUUAUAUGUUGUAAAAUUACCCCACAACCCAGCCAUCACCUAAUAAAUAGUUUCAAUAUAAACACCCUGGCCUCAUAUUUUGUAUCAGUGCCAGUUAAUUACUUCAUGCUACUUAAACCAUUUUAUGAAAAAUUUUUAGUGAGAGUUUUGGUUUUAGAUUCUACAACUUGACAAAUUAAAUUGAUGAUUUUAAUAAUGUGUGAAUUAUGAUUUAUCGUAGCUCUAAUAAUUUGCUGUUGAAUUUGCAAUACAAUUUUAUAUUCUGAUAUAUCAUCACGAUGUAAGAUAACUUAAUGUAUUAUUUUUAUACAUAAACAUUAUGUAUGCCUUUUACCUAUAAAACUAUAAGCAUGCAGUGGAACUUCCUGAGCUACCUUAAUGUACCAUUUUUCAAGGUCUUGAAUGAAAUAUCCGUUUCGGAAGAGGGUGAUUUGUUACUUUUGAUCAAAAUAAAUAAUAUUUUGAA